AUGGAUUACGAAGAGUACAAGGAGGAUGAAAACGGCGAAUUGACAAUAACUAACGCGAAGAAAAUGAAAAAUCUUCAAGUUGAUGUUUUGCCAUGCGUAAUCCACGAGUGCGAUGGAAAAGAAGUAAGUCUCAACGGCUGGUUCAACAUGUACCGCCGCCAAAAAGACGGAACUGCUACCUCGAUGUUCCGCGGCCGCCCUCUCCAAGGAAAAACGUACAAAGAUACCAAUUUUUAUCUCAUGAAAGAAGACAAGCUAAAUGAAGACGCGCUAAAAGCAACUGCUAAAGUAACUGAAUUCACCAACUGGGUAGUUCAGCCUCUUGUGGAGGACCGAAUGACCGCCUUUGUCGAGCAAGUUCCAGCUCUGAUGGCCGCUCUCCAUGAAACUUGA